GUCAACUCCGCAACAGAAAACACUGUGCUGUACGACAACGCAUGUCAACAGAGCUAGAGAAGGCAGCCCUGGAGAAAGUUCCAAGUUCCCUUCUAGCUUACUUUACGUCACUAAUCGGAAAAAUCAUCCGGAGCCGUACUCUGAAAAUAAUUGGAGUCUAGACCUUCCUGUCCCCUGGAUAGCUACCCCGCCAAUCAAUCUUCACCAUUCAUCUUCACGAUACCUGGUAUAAUCCGAUAUCAACCCUCCGACGCAGCCAUGUCUGACAACGAUGAUUCCUACAACGAAGAUCUCUUCGCUUCACCAUCGAAGAAAUCUACCACACCAAAAGAACAGCCGCCGCGAUCUACAACCCCGUUGGCCCCUCCUCCCAACGCCCGCUACCAUGACACCGAAGAAAACCGCGACGCCAAUCUACGGCGAGAGCUUGAAGGUGUGCGGAACAUCAACGAACUACUCGAAGGCGUAAUCGGGACUCUUGAACGAGCAAAGGGCAAUAUGCAUACCGUCUCCAACACCGUAAACACAGCCUCCACCCUCCUCAACACCUGGACCCGCAUCCUCUCCCAAACCGAGCACAACCAACGCCUAAUCCUGAACCCAACUUGGCGCGGCGCCACCGCCGACCUCGCCGAAAUCGAAGCCGAAGCAGCGCAGAAACAGCGCGAAGCCGAACAACGCGCCGCGGCCGAAGAACGCCGUCGUGCGGAAGCGAGACGCAAGCAUGAAGAGGAAGCGCGUCAGCGAGAAGCCGCGUCUAAUGCGCGGAGCGCAAGUGCCGCGGGACGAGGCACACGGGGACGGGGAGGAAGCGGAUUGGGCCGGAGUCGAAGUGUGCGAGGCCGGGGAACGGCGGCGGCGACGGGCUCGGGAAGAAGUGUGUCGAGCGGGAGUGCGAUAAGCAGGCCUACGUCCGCGGCGGACACGAGCUCGACUAGUACGGCGCGAGGCGCGUCGGGGAUCGGACGGGGGUUUCUGAGGGGACGGUCGAGAGGACCGCGGGGAUAUUAGGGGUGGGAGUGAGGCAAUGUGGUUGCGGUUGGUGGGCCUUAAGAAUAAGAAGGCUUUAUGCUGCCAUUGCUGUAUGUCUAUGCUUACACGAAUGACGAUGAUGAUGGAUAUGCCGGGCUUACCUACUAGGUACAUAGCCUGUCUAUGGAGCCUACGAAUUACGAGUUACGUAGUGCGAAUACUAUACACAUGAUGAUCCUGCCAUGAC